GACAGCAGGUAGCACAAACAAAACCACAGACGGAAACACGUCAGUUUUUCAUUCGUCCUUCACCAAAGUUUACGUGAACAGGCGGUAUCCGUACAACUUCCACUCUCAAAGAUUAAAAACAACGGAUCGAUUUAAGUGAAAAAUUUCCAACUCGAAACAGUUUUUCCAGAAAUCGGUGAUGGAGAAGAGACUUCGUUCGUCACUGAAGUCAUCGGCCGACGAAUUCCUCUCGUCGGCGGCGAAAUUAGGGUUUCAGUCAGUUAAAACAUCUCUCAAAACCCUAAUUUACUCACUAAAGCCAUCAUCUGAUGUCGUUUCUUCACUUCCCCUUUCUCUUCACCAGUCCAUUUCUCAAUCCAUUACUCGGUUUAAAGAUCUGUCGGGAAAAGGUAACACAGGAGAUGCAUCUUCCCUCGGUGCUAGUUCACCUGUGACGCCGGCAAGUAAGCGUGUUCGUAGAUCUUCACGGCAGCCGGAAAGCAACAGAACCGACGGAAAAGACGACGCUUCAGGUACAGUUGAUGAAAAAACAAAACUUAACAAAGUCAAGAGUGAAGUAAGUGAAAAUCUUCAGGUUUAUGCUCACGUCGCUCACCUGUGUGUGACGCACCCGGGGAAUGUGUUUUCUGCGUCUGAUUUGUUACCCGCGGUUCAAGAAUUGCAUGAUAAUUUAGUUGUUUUCGAAUUGGAAUCCAAUUUAUUGUCGGAGAUAGCGAGCUUAUGUGAGGAGUGGUGGAAGAGGGAGUUGCCUGGUAGGGAUUGCUUAAUUACUCAAUCCUUGCCGUUCUUAGUGUCAAAAUCAUUGACUCUGAAGAAGAAAGUGAAUGUUCAUAGAGUAUACGCUCUUCGUGAAGCAUUCACAUUGUUCGAUUUCGAGGAUGAGAGUAUAGAGGACUUGAAAUUACUGCUCAUCAGAUGCUUGAUAUCCCCACUCUAUUUGAAAAUGGAUGAAGGGCGGCGAUUUUUAGCAUUCUUAUUUGGGUUAUCUAGACAGCUUGUGAAGGAAUCACUGGCAAUGAUUAGGUCUCAGAUUCCUUUCGGGAGGAAGUCGAUGUUGGAGGCAUAUGCUGACAUUGUUUUUAGGGCUUGGAAGGCUGCGGAAGGGGAGUCAAGAGAGGAGAUUGAGAACGACUUUUUGCAAGCAUUGGUUGAUAGCUCAAUUCAUGCUACUACAGGUUCUUUUGCUGCUUCUAUCAGGAGAAUCUUAGGAGGUUUUAUCACCCAGCGAACUACUGAUGGUGUUGAAAAGCUCAUUUUCAAUCUCACAGAGCCUGUUAUAUUCCGAUCAUUGCAGGUUGCAAACUCAAAUGUUCGUCAAAAUGCAUUGCACUUACUCAUAGACGUCUUCCCUCUUGAAGAUCCAGAUCUUACAAGGGAAGCUAAAGACACAUUGCUUCACAAACAAUUUUUCUUAAUAGAGAAAUUAAUCAUGGAUGAUUGUCCUGAUACAAGAGCUGUAGCAGUAGAAGGUAUUUGUCGCAUUCUUUAUAUGUUUUGGGAGAUAAUUCCAUCUUCAACCAUCACCAAACUACUCACCAAGCUACUUGAUGACAUGGCCCAUGAUAUGGCCAACAUGGUCAGGCUUUCAACUGUAAAUGGUAUCAUCUAUUUGCUUGGUAACCCUCAAUCCCAUGAGAUUCUCAAAGUGCUUCUCCCAAGGUUAGGCCAUUUGAUUCUUGAUUCAUCUCUUUCAAUACGCAGUGCUACUGUAGACCUCCUUCUUCUUUUAAAAGGCAUUCACGAUUUCCAGUUUCAUAAAGUGGUGAAUCUAGAUGUUCUGUUAUCGACACUUGCAAAUGAUCAACCACUUGUUGCUCAAAAAAUCACUAAACUUCUCCUCCCUUCUUAUUUCCCCACAACUGUAACCCUAGAAGAAGCAUGUCAACGAUGUGUGACACUCAUAAAAAGAUCACCACUUGCUGGAGCAAGAUUUUGUGAAUUCUCCUUUUCUGAAGGCGCAUCUCCACAGUUUCUCAAUACCCUUUUCAAAGUUCUCAUCAAUUUAAUUCUCUCACCUCACAAGACCCCUCUAGAUCAGAUCGAAGGCAUACUAAUGGCUGCUAGCAACAUCUGCAACAAUCUAGCAACUGAACCAAAGUACAAAUCUGCCCUUAAGGAUGAAUUAACUGGUAAAAAGCUAAUCUCCUUAUUAUCCGCUGCAAAAACUGCUCAUGCUCAAGCAUCUGUGUUCAAGAUUGUUCUCACUGUUCUUCCUGAUGCUGCUUCUGUUCUUCGCCAAGAAUCCAUGGCUAUGGUGACAAGAUGUGUUGGAUUAUCUGAAAAUAAAGAAAGACAAACACAAAUGAGAUUGAUCCAUAAAAUGAUGAUGUCAUGUGGUUGGAUUGAUGACAUGAUUCAAACUCUCACACGGGUUUUGCAAAAGACUGCAAAUGGAUGUGUUUCCAAACACAAUUCUUCUUCUUCUUCGGGAAAGAAGAGAAAAGUCAAACAUGGUUCAGUGAAAAGUAAGCACAUGAGUGGGAAGAAUCAUCCGGAUACUUCUAGAAGUAGUUUUUUUGAAGAUUACACAGUUUGUGUAGGUGUAGCUUGGCAAUUAAAGGAUUUGUUGACAGAUGUCAACACCCGAAAAGCUGUGUUGGAAUCAAGAAAUCUUGAAUCUGCAUUUCAUGCUUUGAAGAUCAUAUCAGAGUUUGUUAUUGAAUGUUUGCAGAGUAAUCAAAUAGAUACUUCUCCUGUGUCUACUUACACAUCACUCAUUCUUCAUAUGUCUCUAAAAAAUUCAACAGGAAUAUCUACAGAGACAAUUGAACAUCUACUCCAAUGUACAGAAAAGUUGUACAAAACAAAUGCUUCAAGAAAGUCAUCUAAAGAAAAUGGAUCAUCUUUUGAAGAAGAAAACAGAAUCUCAAACAUAGUAAAGCUCUCAACUUCCAUUCUCAAGUUCAUCAAUGAUUCAAACACACUAACUAACACCAACAACCACCAAGAAACAUGUUUAAGGUUUACAAGACAAUAUCUAGGGUUCAUAAUCCUAAAUUUAAGGAAACAUUCACAUGGGAUUCUUGAGUUUAAAGAAGAAGAUAUAAAAGAAACGUUUUUAUGUCUCAAAACCUCCUUCACUUAUUCAGCGAAACUACUGAAUUUAAUUCUCACAACCUCUUCAGAAUCCACUCAACUUUCAGUUGAAAUCCAAAAUCUUUCAAAUGACAUGUUUGAUUUUGUUGUUUCAAUGGAAGAACACAUGGGCGGGAAAUACGGAUCGCUUCUUUUUUCAGUAGUGAAAUCAUGGCUACCGGAUUUGAUACUGUCAUUCGGUUGUUCGCAACCACAGCCGCCACUAUCGCCGCCAUUGUGGGUGGUGGUUUUGGGUAAGAUUGAGGUUUUUGAGGUGGAUUUGGGUGAUGAGAAUGAGAAAGAGAAAGUUGUUUUGUCAUCGAAGUUUUGUAUGUUUAAGAAAGUGGUUGAAAGAAUGGUGAAGCUUUUGAGGGGUAACAAGAGUGUGAUGGAUGUGGUUGGGGGGUUUUUGUUGAAUUUGGAGUUUAAGGAUUUUGGAAUGUUGUUUGGGGUUUUGAAUUUUGUUUGUGGGAAGAUGGUGAAACAUGAGAAUGGGGAGUGGGGGGAGAUGAAGAUUAUGUUGGAAUGUGUUGGACGGAUUUACCCUUGGAUGGUGAGGAUGUGUGAGGAGUGUGGAGAUGAAGGUGAAAAGGAAUGGGUGGAAAGAGGAAGGGUAUUGUUGGAACCUAUUUGGAGGUGUUAUGUUGAUGAUGGGACUAAUGAGCCUAUGGAAACUGGUUUUGAAGACGUUAAUGUGUAA